AUGCUGGUCGGACCAUUUGGCUCCGUUACACAGUCAACAACUCUACUCUCAAAACCAGUCAUGCCGAUUGCUUCCACCGAAUUUCCAGGGGAUGACCAGGCUUCAGCUUCAAUAAAUCCAGCUGACUCAAAUGAUACGGCCAAAAUAGCUGAUUUAGUGUAUACUGGACCACUGAUGAGCAGAUUACACAUGAUGAAAUUGGCAUUGGGAUUGUGUGGAGCUGAAGCUCAACCCGAUAUUUCUCGUGUUCUCUGUGAAUCACGACGUCGUUCAGCGAAACCAUCGGAAUUUCUUGCCAAGUCAGAUGCCUCUAAAAGUCAAACUGGUCGGCUGCUUCACAAGCCAAAUAGCUGUGUUAAGCCACCAAAGAAGUUGCAAAAAUCAGAUCAAAGACCGAGUUUGGAUCUUCAGACGGGAACUCCAACAGAUUCAACAUUGACAGUUAAUUUUUUAAAUAAAAUUCCAUUGCCAUCAUCUCGAAUGAUCUCAGUUCUCCAUCUUUUCCAUUUACCUCAAGUUGUCCUAUUUGAAGUGUUUCGAUUUUUGAAACCGAAUGAUUUAAUUCCAAUUGCUUUGUGUUCUCAAAGAGCCUUCAAUCUUGUUAGAGUUAAUUGGAAAAAAUCUACAAAAGCCUUGAUAUGGAUGGAUAGUCGGCUUUAUUUCAGCUCCCAUCUGAAAAUCAACUACAUUUUUUAUAACUUAUUGACUGUGUCACGAAUCGAAGAUGUACCUGGAAACCAAUUGGAACUUGUUCAAAUCAAAGGAUCGAAAGUUCCAAUAAGGUACAACAGGGAAAAAAACUCGUUGGAGACUUAUUGGGACGAUGUAUGUUAUGGAUUCAAAGCAGUUAUGGAGUUCGUCACAGAACUUUUUAGUUCUGAUAUUCACACUGUCGUGUUUGAAAAGAACACAUUUUGGUGUGUAGAGUGGGCUCAAAGUCGCCAGAAGCGUUUAAUGAAUGCACACAUCUAUCAAGAUCAAUAUAUUGAAAACAGUGAAUACCGAACAAUUAUGAAUUCUUGCACAUCAGAGAAUCUUAUGAUUCAUGCUUACCAGCUUGGUGAAAAGUGUUUGAAUGAAACCAGCUUCAGAAUACGGAAUCAUUUGUCGAUAGAUUGUGGACGUUGGGUUCAGGUUGAGCAUUUGAUGAACAUGGACUGUGUCGAAAUUGAAGUUCAACAAUCUUCUUUAAAAAAAUCGGAUGUUACUUAUUUCUUGAAGAAUUGGCUCAAUGGAGGGAACUCUCGACUGAAAUAUUUGAGCAUUGCAACGCAAUAUUUCGGCAUAGACUUGUUUUGCCAGGAAGAGUUUCCAGAGAAUAUGGUCCGUUCGGAUAGAGAAAUGGAGUAUGAAAGACCCUCCCAAAUCUAUGAUGAUCAAGCUACCCCUAUAACGGCGGAAAUCCCAGAGAAAAAGAAAAAGGCUGGAGAAAAAGCAGUUGAGAAGAUUGAAGUUGAAGUCGAUUGA